CACCUUCAAAGUAACGUUGGCUGCGUCUGUCACUCCAUGUUUUACUUCAAUGGUUGGAGUUGUCUAGAGAUUAGAGUUUGUGGAUAGGUAGAGUCGGAAUGGCAGUAGCCCACAGCGGCAGAGCAUGCUGAUAGACGCUGAGCCUUGCUAGAGCGCUUGUCGCCGGCUCGUAAAGUGUUGCAGUAAACGAUUGGAGCGCGUAAAGAAUAGCGAUCGUGCUGCCUGGAUUUGUUUGAGAGGUGUGCGCAGUUUGAGAUCUGGGGCGUGAGCGCAGUAGCGAGCGCCACAGUCGCUGCUCGGCCAACAUGGCAGAGGAGAUCGACGAAAGCCCCCACCCGGUGAUAGUCCGCAAGAAUCACCUGGGCUUCGGCUUCAACGUCAGAGGCCAGGUCAAUGAAGGUGGCACGCUGAAGCCGAUCAAGGGACAGCUUUACGCUCCCAUGCAGUAUGUCAGUGCUGUACUGGAGAACGGGCCGGCUAAGGAGGGUGGCCUGCGUCUGUACGAUCGCAUCCUAGAAAUAAACGGAGAGAGUGCGGAGGGACUGAAGCACGGUACCGUGGUGGACAUGAUCCGACGUUCCACCAACGACCUGCGCCUCACCGUCAUCAGCGUCAGCCAGGAAGAGGCGGCACACCUCGACUCCAACGUUGCCAUGGCGUCGUCGCAGGCGCCGCACGAGCGCGACAUGACGGAGAAGCGCGCACUGCCGAUCACCAUCCCGGACAGCAAGGACCUGGCUGACAACCAGAGUAGCGAGCCGUACACAGUCUUCAACAUCUUUCUGAGUGGUCGUCAUGUGGCGGCGCGUCGUUACAGCGAGUUUGAUCAGCUUCUCAGCAAGCUGAAAGAGCGGUUUCCAGACUUCCCCUUUCCUCGCCUGCCAAUGAAGUGGCCAUGGAAGCUGAACGCACAGGCAACUGAUCAGAGACGCCGUGGCUUGGAGGAGUGGAUUGAUCAAGUGUGUGCGUAUAGAGCCAUAGCCGAGGAUGAGGUGAUGAUGGAGUUCUUGAAGCAAGGACAAGGAGCCAAGCCAUCGUCACCAAAGGCCACCACGCCUACAAAACGAACCGUUGAGCUGCGCGCCAUCCUGCCGGAUUCAAGAGCCGUAUCCAUCGAUGUUGAGCAGGCAGCAAGCUGCACGUCCGUGUUUGAGAGCGUUUGCGGGAAAGCUAAGCUAUCGACGGAAGCAAGCUGUUACUUUGCGCUGUUUGAAGUCAACGAAGCGGACAAAUUCUAUCGGAAAAUCCGGCCAAACGAGUUCCCUCAUCGCAUCUACACCACAAACCACCCAUCUCAAACAUCCUCAUCUGUUUUCCUAAGGAGAUGGAUCUUCACUCCAUAUAAGGAGCUAACGAUGAGGAAGGACGAGGUUGCACUCAAUUUCUUCUACAGGCAGGCGAAGGAGGAUGUCCAGAAGAAAAGGAUAGUGGCAACAACUGCUGAGGUGCGUGGCUUGCAGGCGCUUGCUGAAGCUGAAGAGAAAGUGAAGUACCUGAAGGCUGUACGCAAGAUUGACAAGUACGGCGGUGUGACGUUCCCGCACUGUCCGUGUGACAUGCGUAAGACCGGCAAGAUCAUGGUAACUGUGCAGAGAGCUGGACUGCUCUUUGCCGCCUGUGACGACGAUGGAGUACUGCAGGGACAAGAGACUGCCUUUGGCUGGUCGGACAUUCUGGUGUACGAAACCGAUCUCGAGGAGGAAGCAUUUGUCUUGAAAUACACUCGCAACAACAAGGAGAAAUUUAUGCGCGUGUAUUCGAAAUACUAUGAGUACAUGCUGGAUUGUGUAGAGAAAGCUCACGAGGAACAAGAGUGGGAAGACGAGGGCUCUAGUAAUGGCAGUUCUGCUGGUCUAACUCCAGUCACGUCCGAGCCCACAUCACCGACAACAGCCGAGCCAUUGGCAGCCGCCGUCGCAGCCACAGCUAGCUCUGAUCCUGCCCCGGCUGCAGCCGAAAACAAACCAAAGAAGAAGAAGAAGCCUGCAGCCACCACCGCUACCGCCGAUGCAACGGCCGGCGGAGGAGAGGCUGAGAAGGCGAGCGAGAAGGCGACCGCCAAGGCGAGUUCCAAAGGCGACGGCGAGAGCAAACCCAAACCGCGCAAGAAGCCAAAGGCAAAGCCGGCGCCUGCACCCGCUGAGGAUGAGGACCCGAACGACGGCCUGUGAUCCGCUGAUGACGAGGACCCGAACGACGGCCUGUGAUCCGUUGAUUUUAGGCUACCGUACUCACGGCGCACAAGAGAAUUUGAUAUCCAGUGAACGAGGACUGAUUAUUUAAGGCGGUAGGAUUGUUACUAGGGCAUUUGUUGGUUGCUAGCUAAUUUUUCUCAUGUUCCUGCCUUAGUGGCUUGCGUAGAUAGCUUUGUUGCGUAUGUGUGUUGAUUGCGAGUGUCUGGCCUGAGGUGAAUCGGAAUGCUUCUGAGCUUAGUAUUCUUCGUCGUUCGGUAAGGACCUUAUUUACCUCUGCUAAGAUGUCGCAAGGCAUGUCACUGCGGAUUUCUGGCAUGGUUUGUAUUGUAGCACGGCGCCAAGGAGCACAGCGUGCCCGUUCUCCAGUCAUAUGCGUUCCUUGUGACUGCCUGUGUGAUCUAGUGUGUUUAUUUUUAUUUUUUUAAAUAAUACUUGUUGAUGUGGUGAUCUUGCGUCGCUCACAAUUGGCUAAGUCGGUGAACGGUGGCACUGUAUUGUUUCUAACUUUUCUUUUCGGCAAAGCAGUGACGGCACUCUGUUGCCGCGGAUGCACGUCCCCAUGCCUACGAUGCUCUCUAUUUUACUUCACGCCUGGAAGACGUGUAACUAUAAUUAUUAUGUUUUUACAAUCAUAUCCCUUUAUCAUCCCCUCCCAGUCGGCCUGCAUGCUAUUUCCAUGCAUUUAGUGGCGUGCCCUGCAUUGACAGGGCUCCUUCUUUUAGGACAUUGUUUCUAGAAAUUCGGCUCAAUGCCACCAUAAUGGCCAUAGCGCUUUGCUGAUUGGAUGCAGCUGUGAAGUUUGCAGCUAGCUGCAUGGUCACGAUGACGUCAAUGGUGUUUGCCAUGGUAUUAUUAUUUUAUUGAAAGCGUACUUCCUGUACUA